AUGGGGAAUCAUCGGCUUUUGGCUGGUCUCACUAUUUUGCUGAGUCUACAGCUUGCUUCUGCCUACAAACUGGUCUGUUAUGUCACAAAUUGGGCUCAGUACAGACCAGAACCAGCCAAGUUUACCCCAUCAAUGAUAGACCCGUUCCUGUGCACCCAUGUGAUUUAUGCUUUUGCUGGGAUGAACAACAACCAAAUUACCACUAUAGAAUGGAAUGAUGUAACACUCUACGGGGAACUCAACACUUUAAAGCAGAGCAACAGCAAUUUAUUAACUUCGCUGGCUAUUGGAGGGGCAAACAUGGGCAGCACGAAAUUCUCUAAUAUGGUAUCCACUUCAGCAAAUCGUCAGACUUUCAUCUCCUCAGUGAUAACUUUUCUCCGCAAGUAUAAUUUUGAUGGUCUGGAUCUGGACUGGGAAUAUCCUUCUACCACACAGGACAAGCAGCUUUUUACCACUCUGUGUCAGGAACUUAUAGCAGCUUUUGAGCAAGAAAGUCAAAAUAGUGGACAACCUCGGCUCCUGCUUUCAGCAGCUGUAUCUGCAAGCAAAUAUACCAUAGAUUCUUCAUAUGACGUUCCUGCCUUGGGGCAGACUCUUGAUUUUAUCAAUGUGAUGACAUAUGAUUUCCAUGGAAGUUGGAAUCCAACAACAGGGCACAAUAGCCCCCUGCAUCGAGGUUUACCAUCCUAUGACCCAGUUCCCUACUACAAUUGUGAAUUUGCAAUGGAGUACUGGAAUAGCAAUGGAGCACCGGCUGAAAAACUUCUGAUGGGAUUUCCAACAUAUGCGCGUACUUUUACUCUUUCCACUUCAGAUACUGCUGUUGGUGCUCCAGACUCUGGUGGCGGUCCUGCUGGACCCUACACCAGAACUCCUGGCUUCUUGGCAUAUUAUGAGGUUUGCGGAUUUCUAGAAGGAGCUACCGAUGACUGGAUUACUGCACAGAUGGUUCCGUAUGCUGUCAAAGGUGGAGAAUGGGUUGGAUAUGAUGAUUUAAAAAGUUUUAACUUAAAAGCUGAGUUUGUGAUGAGCCAACAGUAUGGAGGUGCCAUGGUCUGGAGUCUUGGCAUGGAUGACUUCUCUGGCAAUUUCUGCGGACAAGGAGCCAAUGCCCUUGUGAAAGAACUAAAAAAUUUACUACAGACAUGA